AUGGGCUCCAAGAGGUCUGCCAUACCUGGAGGAUCGUCCGUUUCGUCUGUUAAGCGAUCCAAGACCCAUCAUGAAGCACGGCCGCCUCGUUGCGAACAUGAGGCCGAUAACAAUGACCAACUCCAGUCAUCAACUCCAACCUCUCGCUUGUGGCUCCUGAAACAAAUUGUUCAGGGUGUCAUAAAUGAACCUGAGUUCACUGCGGUCGAUGCGGAACUUUCGAAAGCAGUUUCCACGCUAGACGAUGCUUUUCAUCGUGUCGACGGGCUUGCCUUGUCUAGUGAUAAUACAUCUGAUACCUCCAAGUCGUCGAAAGCAUGUCAUACAACAAAGGAUACCGGAGAUAAUGAACCUCGGGAUUCUGUUUUACCGCGCAUUCUAGAUGACCAGUUGGAAACAUCGGUUUUCACUCAUCCGGCAUGUGGAAACAAUAACGAUGCAACGUACGACCGGCUUGAGGUUCUGGGUGAUGCAUACAUUGAAUUAAUCGCAACCAGACUGAUCUGGGGAAAGUUUCCAGGUAUUUCAUCCGGCCGGAUUUCCCAAAUUCGCGAGCUUCUUGUCAAGAAUGAGACGCUAUCGGCAUUCGCAGAGGUGUAUGGAUUUGAUCGGAAGAUUUCCGUGCCAGCCAAUUAUUCCGACCAGGCGAAAAGGUGGACCAAAAUAAAAGGCGAUGUCUUCGAGGCUUAUGUAGCUGCAGUCAUUCUGUCACAUCCCAUCGAUGGCUACCAUGUGGCAGAAAAAUGGCUGACACAACUGUGGUUACCGAAGCUCGACGCUUUGGGCCACCAAAAAGCCGAACUUCGCUACAAGGAAAUUCUAGCCAAGAAGGUCAUGGGAAAAGGCACCAAAUUGGAGUACAGAGAAGAAAAGCGAGCAAUUGACCAUAAGGGUAGCGGCACGCAGACAUUCUUCAUCGGGGUUUAUCUGACGGGCUGGGGGAAAUGGAAGAAUGAGCAUCUAGGCUCUGGGCAAGGCUCGAGUAAGGUAGCGGCAGGCGAUGAGGCCGCGAGGGAUGCCCUCUCGACAAACUCCUUUUUGAUUUCGAAUAUUGCUGCGGCAAAGGAAGCUUCAAUAGCAAAAAGCUGA